UUUGCUUCCAAACCCUGAUUCCAUCGAGAGAAAUAGAGAGAGAGGCAGAGAGCAAACACACACAAAAGACCUAUCAAGAACGAGAACGAUGCAGAGACAAGAGUUCUUGGAGUUGUUCGAGGCAGCACUUCGAGCGGCUAAGUCUGUGAGAGGUGUUGAGCAUUCUCCCGAGGUUUCGAGGUUUGUAGACGCCAUGAAUCGUUUGAAACAAGCUCCCAAGUCACUUGCUUGUGACGUUGUCUGCACAACGUCCUCCAUGGGGAAGGGUUUGAGAUUCUUCAACGAUCACAAAAACCCCCAGAUUCGAUCGGAAGGAAGGCUUCUUUGGAAUCUUUGGCUGCAGAUUCUUUACGCUUCGGGUAGAGAACAGAGCCGUCAUGAAGAAACAACUCCUCCGGUCAAGAUUAUCCCAACAAUGAAGAAGACUGGAGAUUCAAAACGAGACAAGGUGCGUGAUAUUCUUCAAACAUCGUUGGCUAAAGUUGCUACUGAGGUUGUUGAGACGGAGAUGAAGACACGAGUCGCUGCUUGUGAUCCUUGCGUUGUGGCUGUUUCUGUUGAAUCUGCAAUGUUUCACAAGUUAGGUUGUUUCAUGGGACCUCAAAAAGCUAAGUACCGUUCAAUUCUGUUCAACAUGGGAGAUACUAACAAUCCGGAUUUGAGGAGGAAAGUGUUAAUUGGCGAGAUCAAUGGAGAGAGGCUCGUGACAAUGGAGAGACAAGAGAUGGGAAGCAAGCAGCUUCGGAAGGAGCUUCAAAGGAUUCAAGAGAGAGCAAGAUUUAAGGAAGAGAGCCGAAUGAAGGUGCUUCAAUCAGCUGAUCUGAUCAUGACUUAG